AUGUCUUCAAGAACAUCUUUCAAGCCAGUCGAGGUGCAGGUAGUAUAUGGAGAGUGCGGACACGUUUUGAGAAAGACCCAGGUAAUCCCCAUCCAAGUCCCCACAGGAGGAGAGACGUCCAAGAAUAAGAAACGCAGCGGCUCUACUUCAUCUAACACAUCUAAAUCAUCUCGUCGCAGCAGCUGGAAAUCUUUCCUCUGCACUGGCGCAGAACAAGCUGAGAGUGACUCUGACAAUGAAGCAGAUCUCGAAUUCCAGUGUGCAGGAAUUGAACUCGUCGACCAUAUUGCCGGCUUGUGUCCAGACUGCACUACCCGACAAAGCCGCUUGAUUGCCCAGCAACAAGCACGAGGCGCCGAAAUCAUCCGCGCUCAAAUUGCUCAAGAGCAAGAUGAUGAGCGUGAACGACAACGUCGAAGCUAUAGGCGCAUGGAAGACAGACGUACCAAGUUCAGAUGCGGCAAAUGCGUCAAAGAAGAUCGUCAUCCUAUUGACCGAUCGGCAAAUGACGGAUUCUGCUGCGAAUUCGGACAAUCGUUCUGGAAUGCCAAGAUACCCGAUGCUGAACACUUUUCAGUCCCUACCACGGAAUUGAAGCGCAUGACACUCGGCACAGCUGAAGCACGACACGCCGCGACCAAGGCAGCCAAUUCCUAUGGAUGGAAAUCCCAACCUGAUCGGUUCAACAGUAUUGAACCAGAGGUUAUUUCCCAAUUCAUCGGAAUCCCAGGAACCCAGCCUGCGUCUUUACCUGCUCCAGCAGUCCCCAGAUACGAGGACGCUAACCUAGACAUCGAUCGAUGGAACUCUCAGGUACAAACAUAUCGAGGCACUGCGCCCGCACCAAAUAGACCACUCCCUCCAACCCCAUUGUCGAGAAAGCCUCGGGCUACGCCAGUGAGAUUGCAACCAUCUGAUGGACGACAAGGAGCUAGCAAGGUAAUUCCGCUCAGGACCAAGGACUCAGAUGUGUCUGUCAUGACAUCCCCAUUGAAGAGUGGCGAGGUGUCACCAGUGUCACCCACCAACAGUCAUUGGCCAUCGAGCCUUUCUAGACCAUCAAGCCUUACUAGACCCAAGACCCAAGAUGAGGAAUACAACUUGGAAAGAGAGAUGUCAAAUCUUGAACGCGAAAUUGAUGGUGCACUAGAGAGUUGGACACAGCCACAAGCAGAACCAGAACCACAACCACAAGAGAGACGACGCAGAAGAUGA